UUAAUCCGUCAGAAAAUUAUGUUAUGUGCGUUGAAGUUGGUCUUACAAAAUAAAAGUUUUUUUUAAAAAGUUUGUGUAAAAGACUUUAAUGUAUUUGAAAUGGAUUCUGAAAAAAUUAAAUUUCUGAUAGCAGACACAACAGCAUUUAUCAAUAAUGUUAAUCUUCAUGAAUAUGCUGAAAAUAUUCUCACAGUACCCGAUGUUAUACAAGAAGUUAAAAAUAAGAGACAAUUGCGUCGUCUGGUAGUACUGCCAUUCGAUUUAAUUGUUCGGGAGCCUAGUUCCGAAAAUUUAAAACAUGUUACAAAUUUUGCUAAGAAAACAGGUGAUUACAUGAGCCUUUCAGCUAUUGAUAUGAAAGUAAUAGCAUUGACAUAUGAACUUCACAAAGAGCAUAUAGGGGCGGACCAUCUUCGUGGUGAACCAGUUGUAUCUCAGAUAAUUGUGUCUAAAGAAAAGCCGGCAGAGUUUAUAGACAACAAAAAGCUAGCAGGAUUCCAUGUUCCGAAGGCUGCGACAAAUGAUGAAGGAAAUCUUGAGAACAAAAGUGACUCAGACUUUCAAGAAGGCUCCCAGAGUGCAACAAGAGAGGAAGUAGCUUUUGAUGAAUCGGAAGAAAACCUUGAGCAUGAUGAUGUUAAAAGCAAUAGCGAGGGGGAAAAUGAUGAAAUAAUUGAUAGAAACAAAUUUGAAGAAGAAGAGCAAAACCCAAAGAAUUCUAAUAGUGACGAAAAUCAUGUUGAAACAGAAAACGAUAAUUUAUGCGAAAGUAUGUUAUUAAAAAUGCAAGAUGUUAGUUUGGAUGAUAAAAUUGAUAGUAUCCUUGUUGCUAUUAAGAAUUCUGAUGAGUCACAAAGUGAGGAGGAUCUGUCUGCAGAAGAUUCUGAUGAUGAAUCUGAUUGGAUAACGCCUUCGAAUAUUAAAAAUGUCAAGAAAGAGAUUGAAGGAAAUCUGGACGAUGAAGUUCCGAAGGUAGCUUGCAUGACGACAGAUUACGCAUUGCAAAACGUUCUUAAACAAAUAAAUUUGAAUGUUUGUGCUUUAAAUGGUAGGGUAAUUAAACAUUUGCGUACAUAUAUAUUGAGAUGUUACGGUUGUUUUAAAACAACUAGUAUAAUGACAAAAAUUUUUUGCCCAAAAUGUGGAAAUAAAACUUUAAAGAGAGUGGCGGUUAGUUUGGACGAGAAUGGUAAACAAGUUAUUCACAUCAAUACAAAACGGCCUUUAACUGCUAAGUAUAAAAAUCAAAGUUUGCCACGACCACGAGGUGGCAAACAUUCCCGAAAUCCGCUUGUUGUGGAAGAUCAACCAAUGCCAAAACAAAUGCCAUCCAGAGUAGCUAAAACUAAAACACAAGCUCUCGAUGAAGAUUACAUUGCUGGCUAUUCUCCUUUUGCAACCAGAGAUUUAAGUUCAAAAUCUGCACUUUUGAGAGCGAAAGGACACAUUAAGGAGUGGGCAAGAAAUAAUUCUUUUGAAGAAGAAAGAAGAAAAAAAUAUUUCAAUCGUUUAGUAAAAUAGAUAUGCAAUAAAAUUAACUUUUGCAAUAAAAAAACUUUUGUAAUGGAAUAUAAGACUAUUCGUU